CGCAACCUUCCAACAUGGCGGUGUAAAAUCACUGUGACACUGAAGAAAUUGAAAACAAAUCAGCGCAAACAUGGUUAUGACCAAAUCCGAAGCGCUGAAAAUUCUUGAACUAGGUCAAGGUAUGCUUAAAGAUUUUCUAACGUGAAUUAUUUUCCUUAUUUCUUUUAAUAUGCCUUUUAUUUUGCAAAUUAUUUGUUGCUUGCAUGACUGAAAUUUACGCGCAUGUCGAACAGCAGGAAAUCUGGGAAUAUAAUAUUCCCCCUAUUAAAUAGCCUUUUAUAAACACAGUGGUGUAACUAAGCGAUUUAAGUUUAUUCUUCUGCAGAGUUAUAACGGCAAACCAGUGUAUAGUUAAUUAGCAGCUCGUAAAAUAGGAGCUAUACAUCACAAAUCAUAACAGUUCUUUAUUAUUGGCGUUUAAACCGUUUAUAUGCAUUGCAAUUAUCAUAAGUAUCCAGUAAAAAAUUACUAGAACCACAAAACCAUCAACUAGUCUACCAGACAUGAGUCAAAGUAAACUGCUCUCUGUUGUAUAUUGUCUGAUGAUUUUUGUGCAAUAUACUAAACAAAGAAUGGACUGUUUUAUGACAAAAAAGUUAGUGACAAUUGUCCAGGCACCACCAUCAGUAUCCAGUUGACUACUAUUUAGUGUCAUCCCUGACUGAAACGUUUGGAAAUUGCGCGGCCAAGAUUUUGAAAAUUUUAAUAAUAAAUAUAUAGAAAACAUCACAAUUGCAUGGCCGAUGUCUCGGCCGCACAAUACAAACUUUCCACACAGGAAAAGUCAUCCAGUAUUCAGCAAAUAUCAGGCACAUCCCUAGUUUGUUUACCAUGCGUGUGUAUUGCAAUGCCGUAUAAAUAGCAAACCAUUGUUAUGAUACAGAUGGCAUAUGAAUAUUUAGCUCUUUGAUAUAUUUAAAGAGAUUUAGAUGAUUCACAGUGUUCAAUACAUUUCCAAGAAAAUGAUGUAUAUGAGAAUAGAAUACCUGACCUUAUUUCACCAAAUUGAUGCACAAAUUACAUAUUGCAGCUGUUUAAUCGAACUUUAAAUUUAACCCACAAGUUGCAUUGCGUCCUAAUAUGGCCCUACUUUAUUAUUUUACUCUGUCUAACGCCAGACAAUUUUAGUUGCCAAGGGAGAGUGCUGGUGCUCAAUGGGUUAUAAUUAUAGUAAUCAGCGCAUAUAUUGCACAUGCACUUGAACUUUUCUGUGUUUUUCGAUAAGAUUUCGCUGAACUCUAAAUUGGUUUUGUAUGGAUUUUUAUUGUGCCGUCCUGUGAGUGUUUGUGAUCGUGAAGUGACGGCCGUCAAGAAGUGAAGAACAUCCACAUAUUUCAAAUUAUUUUUUUAGAAUAUUGCGAUGGUAUUUUACCAACUGCAAGGCCAGUGUGAACUCCUGAGCAGGCAUCUUGUUUUACAGAUAUUAAAAUUGAAUUAUUCUUUCUAGGUUCCACACCAGAGGAAGUUCGUUCAAGUUACAAAAAACUAGCAUUGAAAUGGCAUCCUGAUAAACAUAACAAUAGCACUGAGUCAACAAAGGUUUGUAAACUCCAUUAAAUGCAACCUCCCGGGCUGGUGGAGGUAACAAUUGAGUUGUUAACUCCUGUCGGAACUGAAAUCCAACUGAAACUGACCAAAACAAGAGGUUAUGUUUUCAUCCACAUUUGUAUGUGUGUCUGUCGAAGUUUUGUAGGACAAAUGUAUUAAAUUUGGUUAAAAUUGGAGAUGAAAAUUUGAUAAAGAAUUUAGCAAAAGUUUGUCUUGCUUUGUCAGCUGGAGUAUAAGCUGAAAAAUAGUGAUUAACAAUAUUGCAAUAAAACUCCUGAUACUGACAAUACCAGCAUUAAUAUCAUGACAACAUUUUAGAAAUUUCAAGAAAUCUCUGAAGCUUACAAAAGAUUAACCAGUAAAGAUGAUGAUGAUGAUGUGAGGAUUUCAAUGGUAAGUCAGAGUGAAUUAUUAGAUUCAAAGAGGUCAAGAAUUAUUACUUGUAUAGUAAAACCUACAAUUAGCACUAUAGAAAUGCUAAACGUAGUCAAACUCAUAAAAUGUUAUUUGAUUGAAAUUGUAAAAUGUUAUUUGAUCCCCAAAUAUGGUAAAUUUGAUUUCCUUUAUAGGCUGAUAUGUUUGAUUUGUUUGCACACAUUUUCUUCAGCACUAGUGGUUGUAAGUACAAACUACUGUUCAGUACAGUAUUGACAGGGUAGUACCUAUAUUUUACUAACCUGAAUCAUAGGACACUAAUUAGCCUUUCUCACAUGGGCCAAAAUCCACCAUUUUUGGGAUACUCAUAGGAAAAAUGUUUUUUAAAGAUUUACCAUGUUUUCUAUCAAUGUAAAAACUGAACUCUUACCGUUAUUGUUAUUAUUUCCCAUAUUGUAAAUUGGUAAAAACCAUGAUGUUUAAUAUUUACCAUUAAGGCCAUGGGAAUGAAAGUCAUAGAUUUGCGUCCACCGCCCUCGUGCCUCAAAAGUUACUGCCUAAAAUUUUCAUUAUUUACAAAAAAUUCAUUAUUUUCACAAAUAAAGCAAAACUCAAUAAAAUUAGCAAUAAAAUUAUGUAUUGAUUGCAAUGAAAUGAACAUAUUGCAGUAUGUUUUUCCUUGGUAUCCACAUUCAUUUGAAAUUUCAAAUUAUAUUCACCAAAAUGGCGAAAUUGGCACACGAUCCUUCAGUGCUGCGACCGUGUGAGCUCAUGAUAUAUGUAAUUCCAUGGUGUGUAUGGUAAUUCGUGUUUUUAUCUCUGUAUUUACCACCCAAAACAAUGGAGAAAAAAUAAUGAAUAAUGAAAAAAAGCCGCAUACUUUUUCAAAAUUACCCGGACGCAAAUCUAUGACUUUCAUUCCCAUGGCCUAAUGGUAUUUUCCUGCUAAAUAUCAAAUAUCAUGGUUCUACUAAUUUUCCAUAUCUAUAAUAAUUAUAUAAUAACCAAUAAAGGUCAGUUUUUACAUUCAAAAAUCCAUUUAAUGGAAAUUUAAUUUUUUCUCUUGUCAAAGAAUCUAGAAAUUAACACAAUGUGAAAAUUAAGUGACUUUCCAAAUUGUAUAUUUACCAUUAGACCACAACUAUGUACAGUGAUAUAAAGUUGCAUUUCAUGUACCCCAAGAAUAGCAGAUAAACUGUGCAUGAGAAAGACUAAUCAAUUUGAGUCAUUCUGAGAAGAAAUAAUGUAAUAAAUCUAUAUAUAUUGUACUAGUACAAAACCUUGUCUUGGCCAACUUUUUAUACUUUCCAUCACCCAAUUUUGGCAACAAAGAAUUUGUGUCAUUUAUUAAAGACAUUGUUAUAAUAAUGAUUGUUAUUAUUAGUAUUUUUAUUAUUGUUAUUAUUAGUAUUAUUAGUAUUACAUUAAUGUUAUUAUUAUGAUGAAUAUAAUUGUAAUAAACAUAAUCACAUUGAUCACAUUUAGAUUUUGCCAAUGAUCAUCUGUUUUACUCUGAUGAUGAUGACGAUGAUGAUGAUGAUGAUGACAUGUGUAUGAAUGAAUCAGAUUCUUCAGAUGAUGAUGUUCCUGUAUAUAGAAGUAGACAACAUCAUGCGAAGUAUUCAGAUUUAAUGGCAAGCAGAGUUAGUAGAGCUGCUGCUACUGCAUGUAAGUUCACUAUUCUUGACACUGUUUGCAUUCCUCUAGAAUUAAUUUGUUCCCAAUUGUUUGCACAAUCUUUAUAUUGCCCUGUGCCUUAAUUGGCUUGUAUGUGGAUGUGGGUCUUCCAAUUAGCAAACCUGACAAACAGAUGGCCACUCAAAUGAGCAAAUUUAAUUACCAAACAUGCUGUAAAAAUAGAAAAAUAAAUGGAAAUUGUAUAGUGUGUGUGUUGUAUUUUCAUUCAGAUGUAUUAUCUAAUUCAGAUGUAUUAUCUAACGAGUUUGAGGCAGUUCUUUUAAACUCAUUUUGUUUGAGGUAACAUGACUCACUCGAGAUUCUAGUACUUAUAGUCUUAUACCUACUGUAAAUACAUGUUUUGCAGAUAGAAAUGAGAUGCGCAAAAAGAAAGCUAAAGUUCAACCUGGAAUAUCAGAAGAAGUAUGUGAUGAACAUAUAUGUAGAAAGUAGAUUGAUACGAACAUUUUGGUUGUUAACAUGCUCUCAGGAUACCGUACUGCAUGUACCUACGGUUUUUCUAUAUUUUUUGUUUAGGAAAAUAUCAUUCUGCUUGCGCUUAAAUUUCACUCGCUUCUCAGUUGCUUUGUGAGCGCCCCCCCCCCCCUGGUAUCAAAGUUUUAGACUUGUAAUUGUUAUCCAUUAUAGCAAGCGAGAAAGAAUGCUGAUGAACUAAUAAAAGAAGAGGAAAAAUUAAAAAAGAAAGCGGAAAAAAGAAGAGCAAGGAAAAAAGUAUGUUUACUUUGUAUGUUAACGUAUCGUAUUAAAUGAUUAUUGUCACCAAUGAAUCUGCCGAUUCCCAGUGAAGUUGGUCUUAGAACUUUACACAUGUUUGUACAGUAUCUCUAACCCUCGCUAGCAAGAGUUGCAACGAUACGAGCGUAUGCGAAUGAAGUGUGAUUACAAACUGUGAGAUCCACAACUGUUGAUCGGGGUUGUAAAAGGUCAGAUUGGCAUGAUUAUGGUAAGACUAAGACUGUUAUAAUGAAAUACCGAUAAUAUCGAUUUAUUAACUUUUUCAUUUUAGAGAAAUCGAGCUAACCGAAAACAACGUGAAAAAGAACUAAAAGCAGAUGGCCAAGAUGUAGGUUUUCGCUUUUGAUUGAUUUAAUUUUGCCAACAAAAUAAACUAAUACAUUAAUUAAUUAACAAAAUAAAACAAGAAGACAGAUAGUGGCGAGGAAACCCAAGUAGAAACCAGAAGACUUAAGCAUAUAAUGUACCGUUUAUUAUCGACACAAAAAGAGAAUUGUCACAUAACAAAGGAAUGUAAUAUAGAACCUUAACAUAUUGUAGUAACGUGCUUUUCAUUAACACGGUCAGACUAGUAACUAGUAUAAGAUCCAUCAAAUUGUUAAAUACAGUAAAACAGAAAACAUUUUUGUAUCGGAACUGUCUGAUCUAUAACAUUACAUGAAGCCCAUCUAUAACAUUUCAGGUGGAAAAUGACGAAGCGUCCGAAGAAGGAAGCACAACACACAAUAGAGAGAGAAGAGAUAGUUCGAAAGAAAAUGAAAAUCUUACAAAUAUAGAACACGGUACAAGAACAAAUAGCAACAGAAAUAAAAAACCUGGAGAGGAAGAGGAAUCCGAAAACGAACGUGCACAUGUAUGUGUAAAAAUAUGCUUUCAUAACGGAUAAUGUAGAAUCUCUUGUGACCAGGGUGUAUCAUGAACCAUCGGCCAUGGCUGAAAGAUAUGUACAUAUUUACCAUUAGCUUCUCGCUCUGGGGGUGGAAAAAAAUCAGGUAGUUGGGGAAGAAAAUAACCCUGAUGGAGGAAAAGAGGAAGGAAGAAAAAGGGAAAAGAAAAUAAGCUUCAAAUUCAUGGUAAUAGGAAUUUCAAAAGGUGGAAAUGUUGAUCUCAGCCUCGUCACCAGUCAAAGGGUUUCGUCUUCAGGUAUCCAUUUUCCCUGCCGACCGCUCCUGGGUAUAGGAGAAGAAAGUGACCCUUUCAACUUUGGGAGUGGGAAAAAAGUACUGUAACCCCACUGAUAACUUUUUACACUCCUGGAUAUUUCAGGACGUGCACUCUACUUCCCACCACAGGGUCACGAAGACACUUUCAAUACACCCUUCUGGAAAGUCUUGGCUAAAGAGCUUCGUUUUCGUGAUUGAGAUAUAGUGGGUUAAGUACUCUUUAUCUAGUUACAGUACAGGUGACACAUUUACGAAACCAUACAGUUACAUCGGUGAAUAUGAAAGAUCUGUUUAUGGUUAUGUCGUCAGCAACAGGAAUUAAGAUCUCUGAAACCAAUGUCUCAAUCACGGAAACGAGGCUAAGUACUUUCUGGAAAGGUGUAUUGAUGUUACUUUCUGGAAGGGUGUAUUGAUGUUACUUUCUGGAAGGGUGUAUUGAUGUUACUUUCUGGAAGGGUGUAUUGAUGUUACUUUCUGGAAGGGUGUAUUCAUGUUACUUUCUGGAAGGGUGUAUUGAUGUUACUUUCUGGAAGGGUGUAUUCAUGUUACUUUUCUCUCGUAUAGGAUGAAACGUGGGACACAUCAAGUGCAUUCUUCAAUCAUGCCGCAGCACGACGUGGACCUGUACAUACAAGCAAUCAUAAUUUAAGUAGCGAAACAACGUCUGCGACUUCUGCAGACACAUCUGUAAAUAAAAAUGAAUAUAAUACACACACUAUCCGAGGAGAUGGAGCGGAGGAGUCUGAAAAAGAUCACAUCAUAGAACAAAGUCGACAUUUAGCAGGUAACGUUUAGAAGUUCACAAUAACCACGUUUAAUGUCAGACAUGUUCCUCUAUACUCUUGUUUAGUUGUAACGAUCUCCAACAGAUUACAAGUACGCGAAUUAUCGCACGCUGUAACCUUGAGCUUUGUCAUCCUUGUAACUUAUGGUACACUUGACUUUCUAUAGCCAUUGGAAAUAACCAUGCAAAUGACGAGAAUUAUGUAGAAGCAAUCCAAUAUUUUUCCCAAGCUAUUUCAUUACAUAACCGAGAUUUCAGGUUAGUUAUAUAACUAAUUGUAAAAUCUCUUGUAUUGCAUCGUAUUGUAUUGCACUGAACCGCACUGCACUAUAUUCAAGUUACGAGGUUGGUUAUAAAACUGUACUAUUAUAUUUAGAUUUUUCGGAAAUCGUUCAUAUUGUUAUGACCGCUUGGGGGAUUACUCCAAAGCACUUCAAGAUGCAGAAGUUACCAUAAUGCUUGUUCCACAUUGGGCGAAAGGUUAUUUCCGUAAAGGUCGUGCUUUGGCUGGACUCAAGGUACGUAUACCAAUCCAGUCACGUGUGUAGACAUUACACACCUUUCUUGUCGCCAAAUUAACACACCUUAAGACGUGUAUUUUUACACACCUCAAGGUGUGUAUUUAGAUAAAAAAAGGUGUGUUUUUAUUUACACGUCUGAAGGCGUGUAAUUUGCUUGUCGCCAAACAAAUAUUAUUUGCUUGCUAAUAUUACAUAAAUUUUCGUUCAUCGAAUUUUAUACAAGGCCUUUGCAUAAUAAUAUUCCCAUCUUGUCUCUUGUAAAGCUAGGUGUUUGUCUUGUUCUAAAUUUUCCAGCAAUACGCUGAUGCUGAAAAGGCAUUCUUACAAGUACUGAAACACGACAGACAUUGCGAAGACGCGAAAUUUGAAUUGACAAGAGUUCGAGUCCAGCAAUUGAAAGUGAGUGGAAAUUCACCAAAGCCUAUAUAUCUCGGUUUGGUGGGGCGAGGGGCUCAACCCCUUUGUUAAAAUUUUAUGUCGUUGGGGGGGGGGGGGCGGAGCCACGUAUACUUGCAUAGUCAUAUCCCGGAAGGUUCUUCGCAACUGUAGUGUUGAAAUUUCAGUAAUUUCCACGACAAUGGCUUCGUAAUCUCUACUUGAUCAUUUUGACCCCACCAUUAGUUUAUUUCUGUGGCUCUAUGUUUAAAUCUUGAAUACCAAGUUAAAUCCUUUCGUCAUUUAACAUCGCCAAUUGAUAAAUUGCUAAACCCAAAAAUAAAUUCUGGAAUUUUCCUAGUCACAAUUUUGACUUUCCACUCUGUCUGGGAAUGUUCCAUGUUUGUCAUGUUGUCACCCCACACUUUGUACCCAGCCCGCUUUUGUGAUGUUUAAUGUUCCUGGACUACAAUAAAGCUAUAAGUAAAUCGUUCUUUUCAAUACUGCAUGUUAAACGUCCGAUCUCGUUUGUAGGACAUGGGUUUUGGUCAUGCUCAAAGUGAACGUGCUGUGCGGCUUUAUGGAACAGUACAUGCUGCUCUAGACGCAUUAUUGUCUGGCAAAGGUAAAGAUUUUUUCUUUUUAACAAGCACGAGAGUCGACGUGAGAAGUGUCAUGUGAGUUGGCAUGCGUAGCCCACUGUGCUCUAUAUAUAUCUGGAGCAAGAACUUCAGUCAUUCUGUUCAGUUAUAAAUAUACGGUAUGCAAGGGUGGGUAGUAGCGAAGUAGUUGUAGUUCGCUACUGUAGCGAACUACAAUUUUCAAGUAGCCAGUAGUUUUUGACUACUUUUUUAAAACAGUAGCUGUGGUUAUAGCGAACUACAUUUUGCCUAAAAGUAGCCAAGUAGUUGACUACUUUUCAAACAGCGAAUUGCUAUUCGCUACUUUUUAAAAUUGUUAGCAACUUGAUAGAGUAAAAUGAUAUUGAGACACGGUUUGCUUAGAAUCAAUACUCCAUAGUCAAUUUGCACUCUUGAAUACUGUAGUGCUUACAAAAAUGUUGCUUUGUGUUUACUGUUGCUACUCGUAUGUCGAUUUGUUAUAGGUUACAUUUCAGCCAGAGUUAGUAGAUGCUCCAAAUACAGUAAAACUAAAAAAUAUAGCGUAGCGAAAUAGCGAAGUAGUCGCUACAUUUUUAAAGCAGUAGCUGUAGUCAGUAGCGAACUACCUUUGUUCAAAAGUAGCAGUAGUUGUAGCUGACAACAUAUUUUUGAAGUAGCUGUAGUUAUAGCGAACUACAAAAAUUUUGUAGUCAACCCACCCUUGACGGUAUGACGCCAUAAUGUGGGAGGGACAAAAGUGUAACCCACUCGCCUCGGCGGCUUGUCAGCCACUUUCUGUUCUUCCCACAUAACGACGUCAUACUGUGUAUCUAUAACUGAACAGACAACGGCAAAGUCGUAUCUAUUUGUACAUCCUUUCACUUGUAGUAAAAAAUCUCGUUGCCACUGAAGAGGAGAUGUAUGUGUCAGAUGGUGAGGUGGACGAGCAGGAUAAUGACGCAAGGUACCUGGGCACCAGUCUCCUAUCAGAUAUUAACAUAUUCAGUGGGUUGGACAAAACAGCUGUGCUCAAACAGCCUAUAAAGUCGGUCGUUAAUAACCGUUAUUUGUUGAUGUUAUGUUAAUUUAGGCAACGAUAUUCGGAACCAUUGGCUUCACUUUGGGUGGGAAAUGUUGAUUCGAAACAAGUCACAGAAAGACAACUCAUACAAUUAUUUUCAAAGUAAGAACUUUUAUUCAUCGUUCACGCUUAUGUACUAUACGACGUUAACUUAAGCUUGGCAUUUCAAAUCAGUCUGUUCUAACAACAUGAAACACAGUAACAGACACUCCGGACGGUCCCCCCCCCUCCCUGCUCCCCCCUAUCAGGGUCGUACACAUUGGGGGGGGGGGACAACUGCCCCUUAGAGGAAACUAUAUUCACGAUUUUUAGAAUGACAUUAUUAAUUAUUCUUUGGAUAUUUGGGACUUUUUUCGGCAUAUAGACCUUACUGCCCCCUGGUGAAAAAAUCCUUCGACGGCCCUGCCCCCUCCCCUAGUGUACGAACUUCAUGGAUGGUGGGCUCAACUUUAAGGGACUUAUCCAUGCAUAAUUUUUAUUUUGCCAUAUUCGAAUGUGUUGCUUUGGAACCAAUGCAAUCAACAAUAUCUGAUCAUCACUUGCGUGAAUGUAUCUAAUUUCUCCCUUUCUUUAGAUUCGGUGCAAUAUCAUUAAUUCGAAUUCUACCUCAAAGUUUUUGUGCUUUUGUAAAUUAUGAAAAUAAAGAGAGCGCCGCCAGAGCUAUGCAAUCUCUUCAGGUAAAUUUUACUUUCAAAAUUAGGAGUUUCAGAUUCGACCUACGCUACCGCUACCAUUAACCAAUCAGAUGCGUUAAAAUGUAGCGGAUUAACCAAUCAAAUGAGUGGAUAAAGCCAGUGCGCGGUAGGCAGAAAUUUUUUGGGGGAUCACUUUCUUUGGGAGCUUGGUAACCGCGCCUGUUAUGAUGUAAUAUAUAUUAGCCUGUACAGCAGGAAAUAGAUUGCGGUCGAAUACUUUGACGCAACUUAUAUAUUCUAUAUUUAUUUACAUAACCGCUGCGGUUUUGACGCAUUAUUCAUCGCGCCUUUCCGAAAGCUUUGUACCCAUAAAUAAAAUGUACUAAAAAGAGAACACAUUGCAAUUUUUUUAUAAAAUAGAUCAAAAUAUACCAUAAAUAUUGAGAUAUUGAAUUUUGUUUUGAAUAAUGCUAGUAUAAAGGUCAUAAGUUCGUGCGUAAUGCCGUAAUGGUAUUCGGAAUAUAGACAUAUUAUUAAGUCGCAGUUCAUUUAACUGAUAGAAACGUUCACAUUCAAAUUAUUCAAUUACGUAAAAUCAACUAUGAAUUUAUUUUAAAAGAUUCCCUGUUUGUAUUAUAUUGUGCACUACUAAUACUGUGUGAGUCACAGAUAGUCUCGGUUGAAAACAUGAUAUAUGUUUAUACUUGCCGACAAAUAUGCAAACCACGCACUCUAAUGCUUAUAGGGGCACUGAUGUCUUUAUCAUUGAUUAUCAUGAUAUCAAAAUUCAAAGAUCAAAAUUUGCCUGCGCGCAAUGCAAAAUGUAAACAAGACACGUUUAUAGAUUUUGCAUUAUAAACUGUGUAAGCUGAGGGCGAUGCAGAAAUUCAGCUGUAGUAACUUCUAAUAUAUAUAUUUUACAUUCGUACUAGCCUGCGAAUACAGACGCCUCAUUCGUACUGCAGCAUUCAGUUUACUUCAGGCUAUUAUUGCCACACACGUUAGUAUUUAUUUCCGGAAAAUUUAAAUAUUUCCCCCUAAAGGUUAAUGAUAAUUAAUGGUAUAGUAGACUUUAUAUGAGUGCCUGAAUAACCCCAAGUUUACAUCAAGUGUUCCAACAAAUCCAAAUAUGUACCCUGAGUAAAAGUCGCGGUUACCAAGCCUCCCACGGAAAGUGAUCCCCAAAAAAAUUUCUGCGCGCGGUAGCAGUGUGGUAUAGGGGAAGUCGAAUCUUGAGUGCAUAAGAUGUAUUUAUUGUGGGUGUGGAAAGGGAUUCUAUGAUUAUUCGACAGGUUUUGAUCACAGAGUAAAUACCAUACAGAGGUCUCACUUCUUUAUAUUAAUUUCAGCGUAAGGGAUUUUUCCAGUCCGCCAUGUUCUUUGCAAGUGCCCUAAAGAGAGGCUGUCACCCCCUGAAAAUAUAUUGAAAUUCAAUGUUCCAGGGGGGUGAAUGCCUCUCUUUAGGGCACUUGCUAAGAAAAUGGCCGCCAGAUAUGCGCUGCAGUAAAAACUACCUUACGUUCUUUUUCUAUGGUUAAUAUUCUGUGAUAGUAUGACUGGACUUAUUUUGAUUUAGGGUUUUAUGAUUGGCGGACAAAAUAUAAGAAUACGUUAUCAAGGUAGUGACAAAAGUUCUAAAAAGUAAGUAUAUUAAACAUAACGAAUGAAGUGAGAACAAUCAUCUAUUAUUAUACAGUAUUACCUUAAUUUUUGAAGAACAUCGGCAGUGGAUUUUAAGUGAUCUAGUUAAAAACAACUCUUAAAUCAGUAAUAUAAGUUAUUUUACGCUUUUAGCACGGAGAAAACCGCGAAGCCUACGGGACCAGUGAACGGUAAUGAAUGUUACUUCUGGCGUACAACGGGCUGCGCUUACGGUGAUAAAUGUCACUUCACGCACAUACCUAGCAAUAAAGGCAUUGACAUUGAAAAAGUCGAACUAAAAUACGGUAAAAUAAAGAAGAAAGGCAGAUGACCAGAGUAGCUGAAUUUAUACAAAUUACUUUGAUUUUAAGACUGGAUGUUGUCCAAAAGAUAAGUACAUUUGUGUUUAUAUAAUAUGACAUUAAUUUAUAAAAUGAAAUCUUCUCAAAGAAGAGAAGAUUAAUAUUUUGUUUUGUAAAAAAUACUCGGUUUAAGUUGAAAGAUUUCCACCACUAAUGGAGUAAUGAUAUCAAAUUAAAGAUUGUUCUAUAUUUUCUAUAAUUUUCCUUCGCACUCGUAACUGCUUAUAUA